AUUCUGCAGAAAUCAUGGGCCAUAAAAAAAGUCCAAAGAUCAGAGAGACGCAGGAAGGAACAAAAACGUUGAUUAGAGGCUGGUUGGUGUCCAGUCUACUCGACCAGCAGAGCUGCACCACGACUCCCACAGGCUGAAGUUAGGACGCCACCAUGGAGAUGAAGAGUAUCCUGAAAACUCAUAAAAGGGUGAGCAUACUGCUGAAGUCGGAGGACAGCAGCACCACCCAAAGCAGCUCCAUCGGGGCCGUACGAUGGCCAGGGCCUGUGGAGGACCUCCAGACAUCCAGCUCGGUCCCCAGCAGAGCCAACACCAACAGCCUCAACAAACACUCACAGCAAAAUCUUCAUCACAGCAGCCUCAAAGAUCUGCGCAGCCUGCAAGAGUGUGUGCAGUUCAUCAAUCACUGGAAGAAGCAGGUGGACCAAGUCUGCAAGGGCGGUGUUGAUCCAGAGGAAGGCACUAGCAACAAAGAAGCACAGAGUUCAAGCACACGUACUGAGCGCAGUCUUGAGGAGAGCAGGAAACUGAUCCUGGAGUGGGCUGACGAACUCCACCACAUCGAUCGGCUCCUGAAGGAGACUCCUUGGGCAUCUGAGAGCCUUAAACAUGAAACCAGUGGGGAGGCAGAACUGAAGAUCAUGGAGUGGGCAAAGGAGCUUCAGAAGGUGACUGAGAGUUGCGGCGUGCAGAGCGAAGAGCUGGGAAAAGUGCUGCGUCUGCUGGGCCUGAAGAAGAAACGGCUGUUCAACCUGAUGCCUCUGCUGGAGUUCAUCACGUGGUCUCUGCUCAAAGAAGACAGCACGAUUCCACAGUUAUGGCUGCUGGCAAAGCAAAAAACUUGGAAAGCAGGACUUCCCAGAUACAUCCCCAACUCAGUUUGGAGUUGGAUUCUCAGUGCAAAAGCCGAUGUGAUCCUCGACCCGGUGACCAACUACCCCUGGCUGAAGCUAUCUGACGACCAGCGUAUGGUCCAGGAGAGCCACUCAGUGUCCGACCUGCCUUGCAGCUCUCAGCGAUUCGACACCUGGCCCUGUGUGCUCGGCUGGGAGGGCUACAGCAAGGGCCGCCACUACUGGGAGGUGGACAUAGCCAAAAACGGCUGCUGGCGCGUGGGAGUGACCACCAGCGACUCUCAGCGUAGUGGCCGGUUCCCCAUGACCCCAAAGCAGGGCUACUGGGUCCUGUGGCGCAGCACAAACCGAUUCUACGCCUGCACCAAGCCGGAGACACCCCUGCCCGUUGGCCUCGUGCCUCGAUGUAUCGGGAUCUACUUAGACUAUGAAGAGGGCCAGAUCUCCUUCUACGAUGCACAAACAAAGUCCCACAUCUACACCUUCACGGGAAGCUUCAAGGGGAAGCUGUACCCUCUGUUUGCCCCGCUGGAUGGUCGCACACUCAUGAGAAUCACCCCACCGCACAAAGAAGUCCCAGCAAACUGAGACGAACCUCAACAACUCUCACAGGACUCUUGGAAGACAACAACUGCCUGGACCAGAAAAAACAGAAAACAAAAUCUGCACCAAGAUUUUUUUUUCUUUGCUGAAAUGUGGAACCUCUUAGAUUUUAAAUUAAUUUAAAAGCACCAGCUCAGGCUUUUAGAGCCACACACAUAUUUUAGGAUUUCACAUGAAUUUAGUUUUCCUAAAUGUUACUUUAAAGACAUCUGCCAGUUCCUCGCCU